AUGAUUCGUAAUCAACAUAAGGAUAUUCAUCUUGAUAUUAAAAUUGAUUCCACUGUUCAAUUUUUACAUGUUCAUAUUGAAAAUCAAAAUGGGACUUUCUAUAGUCGUGUCGAUCAUGAUUCAGAAAUGAUGCAAAAAUAUACUUUGCCAUAUGUGGUUGGUAAUUCAAAAGUUGCACAUGGUCAUUGGCUUCGAUCAUCUCUCAUUCGAGCAGUGCGUUAUUGUACUUCGGUGAAUGAUUUUAAUCAAGAACGCAUCUAUCUCGAGAUGACUUGUUUAGCAAAUGGUUAUUCAAUAGAAUUUAUUGAAAAACAUAUCGAUCAUUUUUUUACUCAUUUUGAUGCUGUCUCUUUACGUUCAGUUUUGGAUCGACAAGUUUACAAGAAACUUCGCCUUCGAUUAUUUAAUUUUAUCAGUGAGCAACGACGUAUCUUGCAUGGAAAUCGAGAAUUAGAACAGAAAAAUCAACGUUUUCGAUUAUCUUAUUUAUAUGAAUUUGGUCCAAAACACAAACUUAAUCAAGAAUUAAAGAAGACUCUAUCGGCCAGUUUAAAUUCAACGAGUAAUUCGUCAAAUACCAAAAAAAUAGACGUACGAUUUACGACCAAACUACAACAUUCAUUAAAUGCAUUAUUAAGUGAACAAAAACCAUGUCAUCCUUUAUUCUAUGAAAAGAAAAUAUGA